ACACUGAAUAAAGAAUAUUUUCCGUAGCAGUUUUUGGGAUUUAUGUACAUACGUUUAUUUAGUUUGUAAAACAUGUCACUUGGCAAUGCCGAUCCUUGGCACUUGAAUAACAUAACCGUUGAGCAAGGAAGCACAGAGUCCGCGGAGAACAGCGAAAGUUUCGAGGAUAACUUCACGCCCCCGCCUACAGAAAAAGAGAGCAACGCCGAAAAGGACGCAAAAAUUUGCGAAGGACAUGAGCCACUGCCGGAUUCCAGCGACUAUCUAAAGUUACUAGAAAGGAAGCUGGCCCGGGUGCAAAAGGGUAACAAGUUGCUGGACAACCUGCGCGACAAGCGGCAGGAUUGCAUGCGGGGCUUACUGUCCUCCGAGGGAGUUCCCAUUUCUAUAUUUGAACAGUUCCUCGAGCUAGACGCUCCCAUCGAAAGUGGGCGGCUCCACCGGCACUUGCUGCCCGUCCAGGCAGUGAACGUUGGGGAAACUGUUUACAUUGUGGACCACGACGCACUGCAGCAGACAGCUGAGGAAGAUCAACCCCCGGCUGAACACUAA